AUGGUAUCGUUGAUCACAACACCCACACUCUUAUGGGCAUCAGGAGUUUACUUACUUUGGCAAAACAAGAAGAGUUGUGAAUGCUUCAUCUAUCGUGAUGAUAUCGGCCAAAGACAAGGUAUCAAGGGUUACGAAGAGCAAGCAAUGAUAAACAAAUUCCAUUGGCCUCACGAGCGCUACUUCGGCUCCUACAGUGCCUUAGUGCUACGACGUGGCUUCAAAGUCUUUACUCGUUCUUGCAACACUUGCCACGCAAUGACUCAGAACAAGUACGAUUUCCUCAUCAAAAAGGCUUUCAGACAAGGAGAAUUAGGCGAGAUUGUCAAAGAGCUUGCCCCUGUGAACCCAGGCCACUGGUACAUCAAGGGUUGGUUUAGACACGAGUGGAUGGACAGGCCAAAGAGGAUUUCAGACUACAUGUUUUCUCCUUAUAUCUCCCCAGAUCAUGCUAGAAGUGCAAACGGAGGACUUUUCCCAAGCGAUUUGAGCAGAAUCGGGAUAUCCAAGCCAGGUGGUCCAGCCUAUGUGUACAACAUCAUGACAGGCUAUCACUAUGAGCCACCAUUUGGAAUUGAUGUGCCUGAAGGGAAACAUUUCAACCCUUACUUCAAACAUAUGAUUAUUGGAAUGCCAAGACCUCUUUAUGACGGCAUGAUGGAGUAUGAUGACGGAACUCCAGCUUCCACCCCACAAAUGGCUUAUGAUGUCGCUGAAUUUUGCCACUUCAUGGCUGCAAAAGAUAACUUAGAGUAUAGAAUUGCUUGGCUUAAGUUCUUUAUGAUGAUUGUUAUAUCAUUCCCAUUCUGCUACUUCAGAUUCAAAAUCGCAAAAACUGCAAUGCUGAGUAUGAGAGUUGAGCUUUAUAACGUGUCAGAUGGAUAUCGCAAGUAUAAAUACUUCAAUAGAUUCUAUAAGCUCAAGAGGUCGUUUGGCUGGAUGAGACAGCAUCCAUCGAACUUUUUCAUAGGCAAGUAA